AGAGAGAGAAUCUCAGCUAUGUGUUCUUCCUCGUCGUAAAAAAAGAGGGGGAAAAAAAAGAAAAAGAAGGAAAAAAAUGUUCUCGUCGCCGAUCAGAAACCCUAGCCUGGGGUUUACGCCGACGGAUUUUCUAAUCCCGAAAGAGGAGGAGGUGGAGAUGGCAGCGACGACGGGGGGAUCGAAGGAGGAGGAGACGGAGAGCUGUCACGCGGACGGCACGUGCGGCGGCGAGGUCGCCGGCGAGGAGGGGAAGAGGAAGCGACACCACCGACAUACUGCUCGUCAGAUUAAAGAGAUGGAAGCGUUGUUUAAGGAGUGUCCGCACCCGGACGACAAACAACGGCAGAGGCUGAGCCAAGACCUGGGCCUCACGCCCCGCCAGGUCAAAUUCUGGUUCCAGAACCGGCGCACCCAGAUGAAGUCUCAGCAAGAUAGAGCGGAAAACGUGAUUCUGAGAGGGGAGAACGAGAGUUUAAGGAGCGAGAAUUUCCGGCUGCGGUCGAUGAUGAGGGAUGUGAGGUGUCGGAGCUGCGGUGGGCCCGCGGUGCUCGGUGAGAUGCCGUGCGGUGGUGACCGACAUCUCCGGCUUGAGAAUGCUCAGCUCAAGGACGAGCUCCAGCAUUUAUCCUGCAUUGUCGACGCCGACCCUCUUCUAGCUCUUAGCCCUGCACCCCUACUCAUGCUGCCAUCUCCAGACCCUGACAUGAGCAUCUAUUCAAGGCACUUGGGGGAGCUCCAGAUGGUCCCGGUCCACACCAUUACCAAGAACCACCCAAAGCUCGGUGGGCCCAUAAUCAUGGACCAGGACCAGGGACCAGCAAUGGAACUAGCAACGACUGCAUCCGAGCACUUGAAGAGGUUGUGCAGCAUUGGAGAGCCUCUGUGGAUUAACAAUAAUAAUUUUGGAGGAAUUGUGGAGGUCUUGAAUGUGGAGGAGUAUAGAAAAUCUUUUCAUUGGCCUGUUGAGCUUAAGCAGGAGAGUGGAGAAUUUAGGAAUGAGGGCACAAGGGAUUCUGGGCUUGUGAUGAUGAAUAGUGUGACUUUGGUUGAUGUAUUUUUGGAUGCUAAUAAGUGGAUGGAGUUGUUUUCUUCAAUCGUCUCCAAGGCAAGAACACUUCAGAUUAUAAGUUCUGGGAUUUCUUGCCAUGGCAAUGGUUCCCUUCAUCUGAUGUAUGCAGAGCUCCAAGUUCUUUCUCCUUUGGUGCCUACUCGAGAGGCACACUUCCUUCGGUAUUGCCACCACAAUGCAGAAGAGGGAACUUGGACAAUUGUUGAUUUUCCCAUCGAUCGCUUGCAUAAUGGGUUUGACAUCCCUCUCCCUCGCUAUAGAAGGAGACCAUCAGGAUGUAUCAUUCAAGAUAUGCCCAAUGGCUAUGCAAGGGUGAUGUGGGUUGAACAUGCAGAAAUAGAGGACAAACCAGUGCAUAAUGUAUUCGAUCAACUCGUUAGCAGUGGUGUUGCCUUUGGAGCAACAAGAUGGCUCUCCAUCUUGCAACGACAGUGUGAAUGCCAUGCAAGCCUCAUGGUUCGAAAAAUUCCUGAUCUCGGAGUUAUCCCUUCAGCAGAUGCAAGGAUGAAUUUUAUGAAGCUUUCACAACGAAUGGUUAAGAUUUUUUGUUCUAACAUCAGUUCAGCCAGCAAUCAAUCAUGGGCUGCACUCUCUGAGUCUUCUGAUGAUAUAACUAGGGUAAAGACUCAGAAAAAUAUUGAACCAGGACAGCCCACUGGAGUUAUACUUACUGCAGUUUCUACAGCAUGGCUUCCAUUUUCUCAUCAACAGGUGUUUGAUCUUUUGGCCAAUGAGCAACGGAGGUCUCAGCUUGAUGUUCUUUCCAGCGGGAGCUCAUAUCAUGAGGUUGCUCACAUUGCGAAUGGCUCAUACCAAAAGAACUGUGUUUCCCUUCUGCGCAUAAAUGCCCCAAGCAACUCCUCCAGUGUAGAGCCCCUCCUACAAGAGAGCAGCACCCAUGACUCCGGUGGCAGCAUCAUCGUCUACGCCGCUAUCGAUGUCCAUGGCGUCCAGGUCGCCAUGAGCGGCGAGGACACCUCCUUCAUCCCCCUCCUCCCCACCGGCUUCGUCCUCCUCCCUGCACCAUCUCAAAUUUCCCCAUCAGACGAAAAUGUCGACGGUUCAGUCAUUGGUUGUUUGCUCACCGUCGGCGUGCAGGUUCUGGCGAGCACCGUGCCGUCAGCGAAACUGGAUUUAUCUAGUGCUUCUUCUAUUAGCGCUCAUCUCCGCAGUGCAUUGCGGCAGAUCAGCGCAGCACUCGGUGGCGGUGGAAGUGGUGGCGGGGCCCGCGCAGAUUCGGAGCCCGAAUCUGCUUGAAAUUACGGAGACGCCCUUCCUCGGGAUUCAGUCUUUUGGUUUAAGAUUUACGAAAGUGCCCUUUUGAAGAUUUUAGAUUUGAGAGGGUGUUUGACGAGGGAUCACCAGUAAAAUGAGGACAAUGCCCCUUGGAAAGAUACGGAGGGCGCAUUUUCUUCAUUUUAUUCUCGUAUACGUAGCAGUUUCAUAAUAUAUUUUGGAAGCGUAUUUUUGUAAUUUUGAUAUGCAAGUGAAAGGGCAUUGUAAAAAUACCACGUGUGAUAUUUUUGACCGAGUCUGGCUCUAGCCCAAGUUAGCAUA